CGGAAUUUCUCUCAAUUUGUGGUGGUUUUUCUUUUCAACCUCAAAUUCAAAGCUUACCAAAUUCUGAAGAUUUGGGUUAGUCUCAAAUCCAACCUUAAAAUAUCCCCCGAGCUUAUCAUAUUGAAGCAAGAAUGGCUACUUGGGGAAUUUUCCUUCAGUUUCUUAGUGUUCUCUCUUUUCUAUUGUUUGCUCAAUUUGUGUCCCUUGAAGCCAAUGAACUGAAGCAUGAUGCUGGCAAUUUGAACCUGAGGUGCAUUGAAGUUGAAAGGAAAGCACUCAUUAAAUUCAGAGAAGGCCUUACAGAUCCUUCAGGUCAGCUAGCUGCUUGGGUUGGCAAAGAUUGUUGUAAAUGGCAGGGUGUUCACUGCAGCAAUAUAACUGGCAAUGUUGUAAGCCUUAGCAUCAGAAACCGAGGGGACUGUUAUACGAAAAAAGAUCGUUAUGGUGCGGAUUAUAACGGUGCAUCAUGUUUGGGUGGUGAGAUAAGUCCUUCUUUGCUCGAUUUGAAACAUUUGAAAUACUUGGACCUAAGCGUGAAUGAUUUCCACGGAAUUCCGAUCCCAGAUUUCUUGGGAUCGUUUGAGAAAAUUCGCUACCUCAAUCUGUCUUACUCUUGUUUUUCUGGGAUUGUUCCUCCUCAACUUGGAAAUCUCUCCAGUUUGCGUUAUCUUGAUCUCUUUGCAUCAUCAAACCCCAAUAGUAUUAUACUAACCGGCUUAGUUUCAGACUUGAGCUGGAUAUCUGAACUCACUUCUUUGGAAUACCUUGACCUGGGAUACGUCGACCUUAGCUCUGCAAAAUCUGGGUGGCUGCAAGCUCUAAACACGCUUCCUUCUCUCUGGGAGUUGUCCGUGCCCUACUGUGGACUACAAAACCUACCCUAUUCUUUACCAAGUUUGAAUUUCACUUCCCUUUUGGUCCUCGAUCUGUCGUAUAACUCUUUUAAUGCUUCAGUGCUCCCUCAAUGGUUGUUUAACAUUAGUUCCCUUGUAGACCUUACAUAUAGUAAUUUGAAAUUCUCCCUUUCUCAAGUUGGAUGGGAACAUUUCUGUAACUUUUCGUCUUUAGAUCUUACGGAAAAUCAGAUCAGGGGGGAUAUAAGUGUUGUAAUAGGAGAUUUGUCUCGAUGUAGUGACUGUCUCUUGGAGAAGUUAGAUUUGAGGCAUAAUCAAUUGAGUGGAGAGAUACCCGAGUCAUUAGGCAACCUAAAGAACCUAAAAUUCCUGGGGUUGGAUGAAAACUUCAUCACAGGCACAAUUCCAGAAUCUAUUGGAGGGUUGUCUAAGUUGGAUGUAUUAAAUCUUGGUUUGAACCAAUUGAGUGGAACUAUCCCGGAAAGUGUAGGAAAACUGGCAGAGCUAACAAGAUUGGAACUAUAUCAAAAUUCUUGGGAAGGCGUGCUAUCCCAAAAUCAUUUGCAAGGCCUCAAGAACCUGGUUUAUUUCUCCAUAUCAUCUUCAAACAGAAAUUUUGUAGUCAAUGUGAGCGAUGAUUGGCUUCCUCCUUUUAGCCUAAGAUUCAUUGAUAUUAGCAGUUGUACCUUGGGUCCGAAAUUUCCAACAUGGCUUAGAAAUCAGAAGCAACUUUCUUCUGUAAUCCUCACAGAUGUUGCCAUUUCGGACACAAUACCUGAUUGGCUCUGGGAAUUAUGCCCGCAGAUUCAAAAGUUGGAUCUUUCGGGUAAUCAAAUUAGUGGUGUUCUUCCCAAUUCAUUGGAAUUUUCAUCAGAAACAAGAGUGGUUGUGGACUUCCGUUCCAACCGCUUAGAGGGUCAGCUCCCCCUUUGGUCCAAUCUGACAAAUCUCAUUUUGGCAGACAAUUUAUUUUCUGGAUCGAUCCCCAGGAACAUUGGCCAAGUAUUGUCAGAGAUACAAGUUUUAGAUCUUUCUGGAAACUUUUUGAAUGGCGGCAUCCCCACUUCUAUUGGUGGAAUGAAGUACUUAAAAAGACUGGAUCUUUCAAACAAUCUCCUGUCUGGAGAAAUCCAUGGAAAAUGGGGCGAAUUGCAAGAACUUCUAAUCAUAGAUUUAUCAAGGAAUAAUCUAUCGGGGAAUAUUCCCAGUUCAAUCUGUUCACCGCCUCUGCUUUUUUGGUUAAAAUUAAGCAGAAACAAUCUUUCCAGGGAACUGGAAUCAUUACAGAACUGCACAAGCUUGACAACUCUUGAUCUUGGAGAAAAUAAAUUUUCAGGGAUCAUACCAAGAUGGAUUGGAGAGAGCCUGUUAUCCCUAACUGUGCUACGAAUCCGGGACAACAUGUUUUAUGGAGGUAUUCCAGAUAAACUAUGUCAUCUUUCUAGUCUCCACAUCUUGGACCUUGCACUUAACAAAUUGUCGGGAUCCAUCCCAUCAUGCUUGGGCAAUUUGAGUGGUUUGAGUUCUUUGACCUCUUACAAUCCAACCUCACACUUCCGCUACCAGAUCUACAGAUUUAUACCACAGAUGGAGGUGACUGUGAAGGGGAAGCCAACUAUUUAUAACCUCACACUAAAUCUCGUACAUAUUAUUGAUCUUUCGAGCAACAAAUUGCGAGGAGAUAUCCCUGAGGAGAUAACACAUCUCUCAACCUUGGGCACCUUAAAUUUAUCUCGGAAUCGGUUAACAGGAGAAAUACCAGAAAAAAUUGAUGGCCUAAAAAAAUUGGAGACUCUUGACCUGUCCUUCAAUCAUCUUUCAGGUCCAAUUCCUCCGACCAUGUCCUCUAUGACCUUAUUGAGCUAUUUGAACUUGUCCUAUAACAACUUGUCUGGGCAAAUUCCAUCAACCACCCAAUUCCAAACCUUCGAUGAUCCAUUCAUUUAUGAGGGUAACGCUGAGCUUUGUGGGAGUCCAUUGCCAACCCCAUGCUUUACUCAUAAAGAUAGGAAUGCUGACCGGGAUGCCAAAGAUAGCAACGACGAAGAUGAGAAUGAAAUGCUAUGGUUCUAUCUUGGCAUGGGACUGGGAUUCGUGGUGGGAUUUUGGGCGGUAAUUGGUAGUUUGGAGAUAAAGAAAUCUUGGAGACAAGCCUACUUUGGAUUCCUGUAUAGAGUGAGAGAUUGGCUCUUCGUUUUCAUUGCACUGAACGCGGCUCGUUUAAAAAGAAAGAUGAAGAGGGGAAGAAAUUGAUUUUGUGCAUGCUUAGAUAAAGUGACUCAGUGAAUCUUCUUGGUUUGCGAGGGAUUUUAGGGGGUUCCAACAUCCGGAGAAAAAAAAAAUGAAGUUACAGGAACAAGGAGGAGGAUGACUUCAUGCUUGUUUGGUAAUUUCAAGAUCAAAAUUUUCAAUUUCUUGCUCUAUUAUGUUUCAUGUUUCUACAAUGUUCCUAUAACUGUUCCUGUGCUUUUGUCUUCACCGCUAGUUGUUAGCUGGGAAGAACCGAUAUUUCGUAUGCAGAAGAAAGAUGAAACUUACUUUUUAUUGUAAGAGCGUAAUAGAAGAUUUUGUAAUUUUUAAAAGGUUUCUCUUAUGUAUUAGUA